CAGUGUGAACCUGAGUGUUGCAGCAGCAGCAGCAGAGUCAGUCAGGAGUUAAAAAGGAAGCAAACCUCGUGUUUCACUCAGUCUGGUCUCAGUCUUGACUGCUGCAGAGUGAAGCUGCUUCAGUUUUUUUUUUGUUUUUUUGUUUCUCCUUCUUUUUCACGUUUCCCCGGAAACAAAGAAAAGGACACAAGAGGAAGAGAAAGAAACAGCUGAGAGAACCAUGUUCCUCUUCAUGUUUCUCCUCCUCCUCCUCCUGGCUCCACAUGUGUCGGUGUCUUCGACACAAGUAGCUGUGAUCUCGCCUCAGGAUCCCGUCCUGCGUAUCGGCUCCAGUCUGACAGCGACAUGCACGCUGAGCCCUGAGCUCGGCCUCCUCUCCAGCACGUUGUACUGGACCCUGAACGGGAUUUGUCUGUCCAGCAGCACCUACAGUGUGGUGAGCCCUGAGAUCCUGAGCGUCACCCUUCACAACCUCAACGGCUCCCAGCAGCAGUCUGGAGACAAUCUUGUGUGUCAUGGAGCUGACGGACACGUCCUGGCCGGUUCGUGUCUCUACGUGGGCAUGCCUCCAGAAAAGCCGGUCAAUUUAACAUGUUGGUCCCGUAACACGAAAGACUUGAGCUGCAAGUGGAGCCCGGGUGGGCGGGGUGAGACCCACAUCCGAACCAAAUACACCCUCAAGUACAAAUUGAGGUGGUAUGGCAGAGAGAAGGAGUGUGAAAAUGACAGCACGGGGAAGCAGCGUUACUCCUGCCACAUCCCCCGCAACCUCGCCCUCUUCACUCCGUAUGAGAUCUGGGUGGAGGCAGCCAAUCAGCUGGGCUCUGCCACCUCUGACAUCACCACCCUGGACAUCCUCGAUGUAGUGACCACAGACCCUCCUGCCAACGUGCAGGUGAGUCGUGUCGGCGACCUCGAGGACCAGCUGACAGUCCGCUGGGCCAGCCCCCCCGAGCUCAAGGACGUCUUGUUUCAGGCCAAAUAUCAGAUACGCUACAGACUGGAGGACAGCUCUGAAUGGAAGGUGGUGGAUGAUGUAGGUAACCAGACGUCAUGUCGACUCGCCGGCCUCCAGCCUGGGACUGUCUAUUUCGUCCAGGUGAGGUGCAAUCCAGUGGGCAUCUAUGGCUCCAGGAAGGCUGGCAUCUGGAGUGACUGGAGCCACCCAGCUGCAGCCUCCACACCCAGCAGCGAGCGGCUGCAGAGCGGCUCAUGUGAUACGAAGCCCGGUGAGCAGAACUCCACCCUGCGACGGGAACUCAAGCAGUUCUUCGGCUGGGUGCGCAAGCACGCGUACGGCUGCAGCGGCAUGUCAAUCAAACUGUACGACCAGUGGAGGGUGUGGCUGCAGAAAACGCACAAAACGCGCAACCAGGUAGAUUCUACAAGACGAUAAUUCAUAGCACCGCCGCUCGGCACCACUGUGGUGUUUUUAAUUCAAGAACAGCAUCAAGAAAACACUGACAGAUAACUGGCCCCGAGGGUCCCGGCUCUGUGAGAGAGGUCCAACGCCCUCAGCCUGAGGGAUAUUGCAGUGUUUGGUCAUACAGUCUUAACUUGAGUUUAAAGGGCCCGAGUGGAAGAUAAGUGAAGUGAGACAAUGCAGCCCUUUUUCUGCCAUUUCCGCUGGCCAAAUCUGUCCGUUAGAUCUGUUUGCACAAACACAUUUAGGCCCUCAGUAACUGCACUUUUAUUCUGGGGAAGAAGAAAAAGUAAUUGUAGCAGAACAAAUGUACAAAACAACCCUGAUCUUAUUGUUCCAGGUCCAGAAAGUAUUUAAACGUUGUGGUUUUACAUGAGAUUUACAUUGUUAUGAUCGUUAUGACCAGGAUAGUUAAUCAAUACAAACCUCUAUUACUAUUGGAAACAGGUCAGUGUCUGGCUGCAGUUAAUGAUUAUUUUUCUCAUCGAUUAAUCUGAUUAGUUUUUCAGUUAAUCGAUUCAUCAUUCCAUUUAAAAAAUGUCAGAAAAAAAAAAAGAAUCCUAAAAGCCAAGAGGAAAUCUGUUUUGUCAAAUUGUUCAUAUAAAUCUGAGAAUAAAGAAGAAACUAGAACUGGUUUAUAGUCUUUUAGCUAAAAUAAUAAAUGUAUCAAAAUUAAAAAAACAAUUAAUUUUCUGUUCCUGCUCAAGUUUGGGUGGAAAUUAAAUUUGUGAAAUCACUAAUGAGCUGUUUAAACACAGUAAUCAGACGUCUCAUCAUUCAUCUCAGUUCCAUUUAAUGCAGAGGAGCCUUUCCGGUGAGUUAACAUGCACCACAGCAGCACCCCGAGUCUGUUUCACCAUUAAUUAUCUUCACUGGUAACACCUCUGUAUUUCAUGUCAAAAUGGCUGCUGUGAUAAAGGUCUGUUCAGAUAUUUCUGAACUGCAGCAACUGUUGGUCGUAUCAGUAAUUGAAUCCCCAUGAAAUAAGGCCUCUCUGUAAAAUGUAUAUUAAUAUCCUGUGUCUCUUUUAUACUGUUUUUAUAACUUCAUAUUUUUUUGUCUAAGUUAUGUUGUUGUACUGCACCAAUAAUGUCACUGACAAAUCCUGUGUAUAAUGUAUAGAACAAGAAAACUCUUUUUUU